UCUCUGGUAGCCACCUCCUCCGCUGAGGAGAGGCUUCAAUCGACGGGUCAGAGGAAGCGGAUUAGAGGCUGUAAGCAUUUGGCAGGCAAAGGGUGUGGGUCCCACGGGGAGUCUUGACUGUUCACUUGGGCUCGGCCCGCCCGCUGAGAUGGGCUCUGUCUCCUCUGCGCUGGCGCGGUCUCGAAACGCCGUGGUGCAGUUGAGUUCGUCGCCACCACAGCCCGAGGCGCCAUCGACUACCCCAGCUACUCGCAGAGACCCGUUCUUCCUCCCCAAGACCCGGAGGCUUGGACCGGGGCGUGAAGAGACACCGGUCCCGCCUGCAGCCUGGGAGCCUCCGUCGGCCGCGCAGCACCCUGCCCGGCGCGCGAAGUUAGCAAAUCCGGAGCUGUCUCCGGUGCUGAAGCGUGAAAAGAGUAUGUCCCAGCCCUACUUGCCCCGAAGCCGCAGCGCCGCGGAGGCAGGCGCCAGGAGAACAGCAGCAGAGUGGCACAUCCCAGGGGAAGCCCUAGAGAAACCUGAGGGUGCAGGCGAGCAAGUUGCAAAUGAAGCUGGAGACAAGACAGCCAGACCGCUUGCCCGCUUCUCCCGGUCUAAGUCACAGAACUGUCUGUGGAACUCCCUCAUCGAUGGGCUCACAGGCAAUGUCAAGGAGAAACCGCGACCCACAAUUGUCAAUGACCCCCGGCCACCAGAGGAAAUCCUAGCUGACGAGCUGCCUCCACUCGACAGCCCUGAAGCCCUGGUGAAGACAUCUUUCAGGUUACGAUCUUUGGUCAAACAAUUAGAAAGAGGGGAGGCCUCAGUGGUAGAUCUUAAGAAGAAUCUGGAAUAUGCAGCUACAGUGCUUGAAUCUGUGUACAUCGAUGAAACCAGGCGACUCCUGGAUACAGAGGAUGAGCUCAGUGACAUCCAGUCAGAUGCGGUGCCUUCUGAGGUUCGAGACUGGCUGGCCUCCACCUUCACCCGACAGAUGGGGAUGAUGCUCAGAAGAAGUGAAGAGAAACCCCGAUUCAAGAGCAUCGUCCAUGCGGUACAGGCUGGGAUCUUUGUGGAGAGGAUGUAUAGACGAACAUCGAACAUGGUUGGACUGAGCUACCCACCAGCAGUUAUUGAAGCUUUAAAGGAUGUGGACAAGUGGUCUUUUGAUGUCUUUUCCCUCAAUGAAGCCAGUGGGGAUCACGCAUUGAAAUUCAUUUUCUAUGAGUUACUCACACGCUAUGAUCUGAUCAGCCGCUUCAAGAUCCCCAUUUCUGCACUUGUCUCAUUUGUGGAAGCCUUGGAAGUGGGAUACAGCAAACAUAAAAAUCCUUACCACAAUUUAAUGCAUGCUGCUGAUGUGACACAGACUGUUCAUUACCUUCUCUAUAAAACAGGAGUGGCGAACUGGCUGACAGAGCUGGAGAUCUUCGCUAUAAUCUUCUCAGCUGCCAUCCAUGACUAUGAACACACCGGAACCACCAACAAUUUCCACAUUCAGACCCGGUCUGAUCCAGCUAUUCUGUACAACGAUAGGUCUGUAUUAGAAAAUCACCAUUUAAGUGCAGCUUACCGCCUUCUGCAAGAAGAUGAGGAGAUGAAUAUUUUGAUCAACCUCUCAAAGGAUGACUGGCGGGAGUUUCGGACCUUGGUAAUUGAGAUGGUGAUGGCCACGGAUAUGUCUUGUCAUUUCCAACAAAUCAAAGCAAUGAAGACUGCCCUGCAGCAGCCAGAAGCGAUUGAAAAGCCAAAAGCCUUAUCCCUGAUGCUGCACACAGCAGAUAUUAGCCAUCCAGCGAAAGCCUGGGACCUCCACCAUCGCUGGACCAUGUCUCUCCUGGAGGAGUUCUUCAGACAGGGUGACAGAGAAGCAGAACUGGGGCUACCUUUUUCUCCUCUGUGUGACCGAAAGUCAACCAUGGUUGCUCAGUCCCAAGUAGGUUUUAUUGAUUUCAUUGUGGAGCCCACCUUCACUGUGCUCACAGACAUGACAGAAAAGAUCGUGAGUCCGCUCAUUGAUGAACCCUCCCAGACGGGUGGGACUGGACAGAGGCGUUCAAGUCUGAACAGUAUCAGUUCAGCAGAUGCCAAGCGAUCAGGUGUCAAGAGCGCUGGUUCAGAAGGAAGUGCCCCAGUCAACAACAAUGUGAUCCCCGUUGACUAUAAGAGUUUUAAAACCACUUGGACGGAGGUGGUACACAUCAAUCGCGAACGAUGGAGGGCCAAGGUGCCCAAAGAGGAGAAAGCCAAGAAGGAAGCAGAGGAAAAGGCUCGCUUGGCCGCAGAGGAGAAGCAGAAGGAAAUGGAAGCCAAAGGCCAGGCCGAAGAAGGAGCAUCUGGCAAAGCUGAGAAAAAGACAUCUGAGGAAGCUAAGAACCAAGUCAACGGAACGCGCACCAACAAAAACCACAAUCCUCGUGGGAAAAAUUCCAAAGCCGAGAAAUCGUCAGGAGAAAAGCAACAGAAUGGUGACUUGAAAGAUGGUAAAAAUAAGACUGACAAGAAGGAUCAAUCCAAUGUCGGAAAUGAUUCAAAGAAAACAGAUGGCACAAAGAAGCGUUCUCAUGGCUCACCAGCACCAAGCACAAGCUCCACAGGUCGCCUGACUUUGCCAGUCAUCAAGCCUCCUCUGCGUCACUUUAAACGCCCUGCUUAUGCAUCUAGCGCCUAUGCACCUUCGAUCCCAAAGAAAACUGAUGAGCAUCCUGCGAGGUACAAGAUGCUGGAUCAGAGGAUCAAAAUGAAAAAGAUUCAGAACAUCUCACAUAACUGGAACAGAAAAUAGUUCCGGGGGGAAGAGUGGGAGUGCGGCGAGGCACGCACACCCACCUCUCAGCACUCCCCAGCUGCCAUGGACCACACCCCCAGACCCUGGAGGCUGGAUGCUGUACUGUUGUGGUGACCCCUAGAGACUAAGUGAAGGCCCAUUGUUAUGUUACUGGGUGCUGGACUUUUCAGAUGCUGGACUUGGGGUCAACAUAGACUCCAGUAGCGCAGCACUUAGAGGUUGUCCCAUGAGGCUUUCUUGGUGUGAAUUUUUUGAAAUCUAAAUUGGACAACAAUUAGAAUAAUGCAACAUGUCCAGAAAAAGUGAAAAUACCUCCACUGACAACUUUUUCCAUCCUUGGAAGUUGACUUGUCCCAGUGAGGAUAUUGGUGCAAUGAUCAUCAUAUUUAAUGAUUUAAGAAAUAAAUUUCCAAAAAUGUCUUUUCCAAUUUUAAAUCCAAUAUUUAAAAUUCAAGUAAACGUGUAACUUUUGAAGUAAACACAUUCAAAGCUAUAGUUGUCCUUCUGAAUAUUGCAGUCUUAGAGGGGAAAGACAGAUGAAUUACUGUGUUCGUAGACAUUUCCAGCACAGCGUCAUGAACCAGAUCCAGCUUAAAAGCAAAGACCUGGGAUUUGGUUCUAAUUGGGUACCUUCAUUGAAUCUUUAAAGUUAUGGGUGUUUUCAGGAAAUGCAUUUUGACUUUUCUGCUAGUCUCUUACCUUCUCUCACAUUAGAAACUGCUGGAAAUCAAGGGGAUGCCCAUGUCUCAGGGAUUCCAGGCUUAAGAUUCAUGCCAAGAGAUGUCCAUGAACCUAACUGGAAUUCCCUUUUUGCAGAUUUUUCUUCACAAGUUUGGAGAUACCUUUAAGUUAAAUUUAAGAUCAUCUUCCCACAUCUCUGAGGUUGAUUACUCUCACAGCUAUGGUAGAAUGUAAGUUGAAAACUAAUUCUUCAUGGCGGCUUGUUUAGCUCUCCAUACCUUGCCAUAAAAUUUUUACCUUGAGAUUAACAUCACAGGAAAGGAAGGAGAAAGUGCACAGCCAGUAAAGUUCUUGAUCCCUUCAGAAGUGGUCAGGUGCAGUGGAAAACUUGAGGUUUAUGGUCAGGCCUGUCUGAUCUCCCACCCCUGGCCCUCCCGUAACUAGUUGCGGGUCCUUGGUCAAAUGGCAUCGUCUUUAAAAGCUUCCAUUUAUUUAACUAGUAAGUGGAUUCAUAAUACUCACAUUGCCUUUUGUAAGACUGAUGAAGGCUGAUGUAAGUUCAGAUCGUAGAGGCAGAAACUGGCUGGAGAGCAGAGGUACACGGCAGAUGCAGGUGGGAGCACUCCACAUCCUAGAAAACUCUCUAAGACAUCCCUGAAAGGAAAAGACUGUAUUGAGGCCACCACCUUUGGGGUCUAGCUGGUUAGUAUCCUCGCCGCCUCUCAUUCUCCACACUUCAUUUCCAGUAAAUCACAGUUAUAUGAGUUGAGCCAGCACUGAAUUUUAGUGGCUAUCAUGCUAGUGAGCAAUGUAUUUAUAAUGUGCUUUGUGAUGGUAUUUCAGGGAAACUUAAUUACUAUACAAAAAGAAAAAUCACUGUGACUUUUGUUAGGGAAGCGGUUGUAAUUCUUAGCACCCGCCAGUGCCUGAGCUGGGGCCUGCCUACAGGCUGGUAGUGACUGCUCCAUGGGAAGAGAUUAUUUCCUGUCUUUUUUUAUCCAGAUGCCUUUGUGCAGAGCUAGGCAGGCACACAGUGAAACACCAUGGAGUGGGCCUCCCUGCUGCCCAGUGGCUCAGUUCAUACAUGGACUCCCUCUCCAAUUUCUUAAUUCCUUCACCUAAGUGUGAGACUUGAGGGCCGCUAUACUCUCUUGACUGGGCUUCUCGACUUGGAAGCCAUGAUCCUGGGGGCAAGGUGAGGGAAAGGCUCUCUGGUCUUUUAUCCCAAGAUGUUAUUUUUCACCCUUUGCUAAUAUUUUACUGGAGCAAAUACACAGACAUGAAGAGUCUGCACUGCUUAUAAAAUGCCAACCAUGUUUUUUGCAUGUUGGAUUGUAUAGAAAUGCCAGAUUAUAUUCUUAUAGCAAAUAAAAGAUGCUUUUAAAGGA